CUACUUCCCAUCGCCGAAUCACCAUCUUUCCAGACGAGCGCAAGUGGAUACACUGGUCUAUAUACCCAGCUUCCCGCGAAGCAAACAACGAUGACGAGGCGGACAUGGGCUCUGGCGCAGCUCAACGAGAAGCAUGGCUACCUCGCUGGGAAUUACGCCCCGGUGGAAGAGGAGACGCCCCUGACACCUUGCAUGGUCGUGUCUGGCUCCAUCCCCAAUGAGUUGGCCGGAGGACAAUACGUUCGCAAUGGUGGCAACCCAAUGGCGAAUGAUGAUGCAGGGAGGGAGAGCCAUUGGUUCGACGGAGAUGGUAUGCUGAGCGGCGUAUUGUUUCAACGGCGAGCAAACGGCUCCAUAGCUCCUCACUUCGUCAACCGCUAUGUGGUGACUGAUAUUCUCCUCGCCACAAGGCAAGGAGCCCAUCGUCCCAUCCUACCAUCAAUUGCUACACUCUCAUCUCCUUCAGUCUCCCUGUUGCGUGUCCUCUACGAGGUCAUGCGGUCACUAGUCCUUUGUCUUCUGACCUGGAUCCCUCUCACCUGGUCUAUAGGUCUGGGUAAAGGCACAAGGCGUCUCAGCAAGAUCUCUGUGGCCAAUACCAACAUCUUCUAUCACGACGGCAAGGCGCUCGCUGCUUGCGAGAGCGGACCACCGAUGCGCAUCAUGCUACCUAAGCUGGAAACGGGUGGCUGGUGGACGGGUGAUGAAGGAAAGUCUUGGGCAAGCGGCAUCGGUCCUCUUAAGAUCUUCAACGAGAUGACCACUGCCCACCCACAUACGGACACUUCGACCAACGAGCUCCUCCUCUACCACUCCACUUUUGUCGCGCCAUACCUGCGGAUAUCGGUUAUCCCGCCGCGGUCCUCGAGGAGGUCGGCGCUCAUCGGCGCGACUGUCCCGGGGAUGAAGGAGGGCAAGCUUAUGCACGACUUUGCUGCUACCAAGACAAGAACAGUGGUGAUGGACCUUCCCCUCACACUCGAUCCUCGUAACUUGCUAAGCGGAAAGCCCGUCGUACACUACGAGCCUACAGCUGCUGUACGGUUCGGCGUCUUUCCCAGGAGGGAGCCAGAGAAGGUCCGGUGGUACGAAGACCCGACAGCUUGCUGCAUAUACCACACUGCCAAUUGCUGGGAUGAGUCCCAGGCAGAAACCUCUCAGAGUGGCAGCAGCGAAGACGCUGUCAACUUCUUGGCGUGCAGGCUGAAUUCCGCCACGCUCAUCUACUCUGCCGGUAACACCUUGGCACCUACGACAGCCAAGGCCCCCAAUGGAGAGGAGGAGCGCUGUGAGCUCCACUAUUGGCGCUUCGCAGAGCCACCAAAAGCAACCGAGCUCCUACCUCCCUUGGACAGUACCGCAUUGGAGAAAGCCCCUAAGGCGCAGCACGACUCGCCGGCGCGCAUCACGCACUCCUUUCCCCUCUCACGCGUCCCCUUUGAGUUCCCUACCAUCAAUCUCGCCCAUGCACCUGCCGCGGGUCUGGGACCCAAUCGCUUCGUGUAUGGCUGCUCGAUGCGAGAGGGCACCUUCGAUGCGGGCAUGGGUCGCCACUCUGCCAAGAUCGACUGUUUGGUCAAGAUGGAUGUGCAGAGCCUGGUCAAAAGGGGACGGGCGAGGGCGGAUGCGGGCAAGAUGAAGAAGGGCGAGGCAGUAGACAUGAGAAGCAUGCCCGAGAUCAUCGCCUCUGCAGAGCAUGCUCAGGACGGCGCGGUGCAGGGCGAUAUUACUGUCUUUCCCCUGCCUCACGGGUGGUACGCUCAGGAGACGACGUUCAUACCCCGUUCCAAUCCACAAGGGGAAGACGACGGCUUCCUCCUCUUCUUCUGCUUCGACGAGCUCACCCACCUGCACCCGGCCACCGGCGAGCCCCUCCCCUCGGCCGUAUCGCAGCUCUGGGUCCUGGAUGCGCGAGACAUGAAGACGGUCGUUGCGAGAAUCGAAUUGCCUGCACGUGUGCCGUAUGGCUUGCAUGGCAAGUGGUUCACAGAAGCGGAGAUUGAUGGACAGGAGAGGGUUGAUGAGCAGUCCAUUCGCAGGUGGGCUUUGCGGGACGUGCAGAAGAGUGAUCGUAGGAGCAAGGAGGAGAGGAUCAAGAGGGAAGGCAAGCUCAACGUGCUCAAUGCUUUGAGGCGGUGGGUAGAAUUGUGGGCAUAAAGAGAGCGCUCCAUGUACAUUGGCUCAUUGUGUAUUGUAUAACAUUCCAUCUUGUUGCAUAAGUAUUACAUGUGACAUAGCUU